AUUGAUCCUUUGCACUUGCCGUAUCAUGGACAGCACGAAUGUUGAUCGCCCUGGAAGCAGACCGUACAACUAGUGUUGCUGUUUUCAGGCUUAUUUAUAGUUUAAUUUAGAAAUAGCUUAACAUAUCUCCGUGCAACAGAACCUAUAUUAUGGAAUUUAACAGUGUAGUUAAGCUCUACCGGCGGUAAAAGACGAAUGCUCUUUAGCACAGGCUAGCCAACUACAGCUAGCUAACGUUAGUCGUUAAACCAUUAGUUCGAUGCCAUUUGGUCAGUCUGUCAUUUUUGUUUAUAGUCACGGUUACAUACUUAUUGUGCAACAGUAAUGUUAAAAGUCACGGUUCAGAACGCAGGACUAUUUGUAUUACUGUGGCUGCUCCUUGGAGAUUUUGUUCAGGGGUGGUUUCAAUACAACGUCAACACGCCACAGAACCGUCAGUCCGAGAAAAGUGCAUCCGACAACGAAGAGCAAAGCUGUUUUUGCCAAUUGACUGGUGUUCUGGACGACUGCUUUUGCGAUGUCGAGAGCAUCGAUGUCUUCAACAACUUCAAGGUCUACCCCCUCAUUAGGAAGCUCACAGAGAGAGACUUCUUCAGGUAUUACAAGGUGAACCUGAGGCGUCCGUGCCCCUUCUGGGUGGACGAUGGCCACUGCUCCAUCAAAGACUGCCACGUGGAGCCCUGCCCGGAGAGCAAGAUCCCUGUGGGAAUCAAGUCGGGCAACUACAACAAGUACUCCAAGGCCUUGAACGCCGUGGAGGACAUUACAGAGUGUGAGCAGAUUCAGAAUCUGGGCGCCAUCAACAGUACACUCAGCAACCAGAGCAAAGAGGCGUUUGCAGACUGGGCUCGCCAUGACGACGCCCAAGACCACUUCUGUGAGCUGGACGAUGAGACGGCUCCAGAGUCAGAGUAUGUGGAUCUGAUGUUGAACCCAGAGCGCUACACGGGCUACAAGGGCCCCUCAGCCUGGAGGGUGUGGAACAGCAUCUAUGAGGAGAACUGCUUCAAGCCCAGAUCAGUGUACCGGCCUUUAAACCCCCUGUUCUUGUUUGUUCUUCAUCUCUCUCCCUCCAGAGCUUUCCCCAUGCACUUUGAUGAGAAGUCCAUGUUCGCAGGACACAAAAUAGAGGCCAAAAUCCUGAAGGAGGAGUUCAGGUUGCACUUUAAGAACAUCUCUCGCAUCAUGGACUGUGUGGGCUGCAGUAAAUGUCGCUUAUGGGGGAAGCUUCAGACACAAGGCCUGGGUACAGCCCUGAAGAUCCUUUUCUCAGAGAAGGAGAUCAAGAACCUUCAGGAGAACACCCCCUCCAAGGGCUUCCAGCUGACCAGGCAAGAGAUCGUUGCCCUGCUCAACGGCUUCGGCAGAUUAUCCACAAGCAUAAAAGAGCUGCAUAACUUCAGAACCUUGCUGGAGGAACAUAGGUAACAAUGGUCACAGUGGCCACCAGGUGGCGACAUUCCCCUCCUCUCUCUCCCGAGUCAACCUUGCAAUAUUCUUACCUCCAGCCGCCCCGCAACACACAUACACACACAACAAGCAUCAGGCCACUUUCAGGAACUUGCAGGAUUGACGUCAGAGAAACAAUGGUUAAAAUAAAACAGCUAUAAUAACUGAAAAACAAGCAAAAAAUUGACAACCACCCAACCAAUUUCCCCGUCAUGCCAAGCGAGGGUGGCAUCCUGUCUAGUGUCGUGGGUGCCACCUUCAUGCCCGCCAGGCUGUCGCCUGUGUACCCGCUGAUGUCUGUGCCUGCUCCAUGUUCGCUGUGGAAAUAA